AAACCUGAAUCGUUCAGUCUUCUUGUUUCACAAUGUAUUUGCUACAAAAGAAUCCUUAAAAGAAACCAACAACCUAUGUCGAAGAAAAAAAUACUUCUUAAUAAACCGAUAAAUGUAUAUAGAUUUCAUAGCCGGAUGGCUCGGUGGUAUGUGCGGCGUGGCCAUAGGACAUCCGAUGGACACCAUUAGGUUGAAUCUCCAGACCAGAAACCCCACGAAUCCCCAUUACCAAAGCAUGGCCUCCACGGCCUUCCACUUGGUGGAGAAGGAGGGCAUCAGGGCGCUGUUCCGGGGUAUAUCCAGCCCGUUGGUGGGCCUCGGCAUCAUGAACAGCCUCCUCUUCGGGAUAUACGGCAGCGUGCUGAGGAUGAUGGACGAUCCGCAUUCGUUGGUUGCCAUUAAUCUCGGCGCCAUGGCCUCCGCUUUCGGCACGGCGCCGAUUUGCAGCCCGGUGGAGUUGACCAAGAGCAGGUUACAGGUUGCAGGGGCGAGGGCUGGUAGAAACCCGCUAGAUUGCCUAAUGAAGUUGUACUACUCCGAGGGUGUUUACAACGGUGUGUUCAAGGGAUUUGGGCUGACGCUACUGAGAGAGAUCCCAUCGAAUAUGUCCUAUUUUAUGUCUUACGAGUAUUUGAAAGGAAAGGAAACACCGUCGACGUUGCAGCUGUUCAAUGCCGGUGGUAUGGCUGGUGCUAUAUCUUGGAUUGUUCCAUAUCCCAUAGACGUCAUCAAGUCCAGAAUGCAAGUGGACGGGUCCAGAGGCCCGAGGAAGUAUAAAAACUGGAGGGAUUGUUUGAGAAAAACCAUAAAACGUGAGGGUUAUAAAGGAUUGUAUAGAGGACUGACGCCUACAGUAGUAAGAGCCUAUCCAACAAACGGUGUUACCUUCCUUUCCGUCGAUUAUAUUUUAAAACAUUUCAACAUCCGAGGUCCUGAUGAUAUUUCGUAAUUAAAUGUAAGUUUUGUACAAACACUGUAAUAAACAAGAA